AUGCCCUCGACCGCAGAGCCGGCGCUGUCGGGCACGGCGGCCGCGGCGGGAGCGAGCGUCGGCCCCCCGCGAGCCGACCGCCGCAGGUACGGCAGCGCGAGCGGGCGCAGCUGGUACGCCCGCGACUCGAGCGAGUCUCGCUCGCGCGAGCGCAGCUUGAACCGCAGCGACUCGCGCUCGUCGGCGAGCGUCCUCGGCGGCGGCGGCGGCGGCGGCGGCGCGAGCGUCCUCGAGGCGCGUGGCGGCGUCGACUCGCCGGGCAACAUGUCGUUCCGCGCCGGGUCUGGGUACUGGGGCGCCGAGUCGCUCCCGCCCAACGCGUCGCAGAGCGCCUUUUCGGCCUACUCGGGCAACCCGAACGACAGCCACUUCUUCCCGGCCGGCGCGUCGGGCUUCUCGUUCGAGGGCUCGCCGGCGAGCGGCGGCGGCAUCUGGGACAGCUCGUACCGCUCGUCGACGACGGGCUCGCCGUCCCUGUUCGACGACCACCGCACGCCGUCGUUCGUCCUCCGCCAGGCGACCGCCGAGCUGUCGCCGCUCAACCCGCGCACCUCGUCGUCGGACGGCUCCGGGCCCAGCUCGGGCUCGCAAGGCGGGCCGCACCCGGUCCAGCUGUGGGACCUCCCGCAGGCCGCGUCGAGCCGCACGUACGGCCCGAGCCUCGUGCGCACGAGCAGCCCCGUCGGCGGCGGCCGCAAGCCCAAGGAGGCGAGCCGCCGCCUGCGGUUCCCGGUCGCGACCCCGGCGCGCGACAAGGGCCUCGUCGGGCUCGCCAAGCCUCCACGCGGUAGCGCAGAGCACGACGGCCGCGUCGCCGUCGCGGGCAAGGCGUGCCUCAAGCUCCUCGCCGUCCCGCACGGCGCGCGCACGAGCCGCUCGGCGUCGGCCACGCCCCUCCCGACGCCGUCGACGUCGGCGUCGUACCGCGCGAGCUCGAUCGCGUACCGGCGCUCGAGGAGUCGAGGGUCGCCGGCGCCGAUCCGCGACGGGUCGGUCGGGCGCAUCGACGAGGAGAUGGUGGACGAGGAGCGAGAAGAUGUGCGCGAGGUCAUGGACGUGCGGCUCGGCAGCCGGCUCGGGCCUGCCUACCUCUUCAGCGAUGUGCGGUGGGGCUACGGCGCGACCUCGAACAAGCUCGCGACGAGCUUCACCAACGGCGCCGUCGUUCUGUGGGACCUCGCCAAGGAGGGCGGCUCUCGCGUCGAGCAGCUCAAGUACGAGCACGACCGCGCCGUCAACCGGGUCGUGUUCGGCGGGCAGACGGGCAACUGGCUCAUGAGCGGCGGGCAGGACGGGCAGAUGAAGCUUUGGGACAUCCGCGAGGCGAGACCGGCCAACAUGGUCCUCAAGGCGUCGUCCCCCGUCCGGCACCUGUCCUUCUCGCCCUCGGCGUCGCAGCCUUUCACCCUCCUCGCCGCCUGCGCCUCGGGCACCCUCAUCCGCUACGACGUGCGCUACAUCUCGAAGCAGAACGGCGGCGCGACCGACCGCGUCGCCGGCCACCUCGGCGCCUGCCUCGCCAUGGACUGGCGCGACGGCUUCUCGUGCGAGCGCAACCCGGCGGGCGGCGGCGGCAGCAUCGGUCCCGGCUCGAGCGUCGAGACGGCCGGCGGCGGGCGCGAGGGCGGCUGGGUCGUGACGGGCGGCGUCGACCGCACGAUCAAGAUCUGGGACUUUUCCCUGUCGACCCUGUCGACCAAGCCGGUCCGGACGCUGUACACGUCGCAGCCCGUCAGCGCCGUCGCGUGGCACCCGACGCGUGCGACUGAGCUCGUGUCGUGCCCGAUGCCGAGCCUCGGGCUCGGCGGGGCAGCCGGCGAGGGCAGCGCGAGCAGCCUCGGCGACGAGCCGCCGACGACGCCCGUCACGGCCGGCGACUCGACGGCGGCGGCGGCAGCGUUCGUCAAGGGCGAGCGAGGGGGCGGGCAAGGGCGCUUUGUCGACGGCAACGCGUGGAAGAACGAGAUCGAGGUGUGGGACGUGCGCCGGCCGUACUUCCCCAAGGUCUCGAUCAAGGUCGAGGCGCCAACAGCAGCCCUCUUGUGGAACGACGACGAGACGGUCUGGUCGACCUCGAAGGCGUCGCCGACGUUUUCGCAGCACGACGUCGCCGCCGACUCGUACUCGCUCCUCGACAGCAUCGACCGUCCGACUGCCGCCUGGAACGUCGAGGGCGACCUCGCCUUUAUCGACGACGCCCGCAAGCUCAACGACGUCCCGUUCGAGCGUCCCUCUCGCGACAUGCCGCCUGUCGAUGCACCCGCGUUCCGGCCCGACGCCUUCGUCAACACGGUCGCCAACCUCGACCCCGACUUUUCGCCCGACGCGUUCGCCUACCUCGCCAACAACCUCAAGGUCACGGGCAAGAUCGGCGACGUGUGCGCGCACAACGCCCAGGUCAGCCACCUCGUCGGUCGCGCCGACGCCAGCCAGGUCUGGAUGACGAUCCGGGCCUGGUUCGACGACGACGACUGCUUCUUUCCCCCCGACUCGCCGCCACCGACGCCCUCGCCGCCCGUCCACGAACAGCGCCGCUCGUCGUACGUCGCUCUGCCGUCGGCGCACUGGCCCACGUCGCCGCACUCGACCACCGCCGCCGAGCCGAGCCGACGGCGGGUAGCAUCGGCGCAGCGCUCGGGCCGGCCCUCGUUCUCGUCCGUCUUUGGCUCUCGCCCCUCAUCCGCCGACGCCACGCCCCGCCUCACGUCCAACUCGUCGUCGAGCGGUCGAGCCGAGGCGUCCACCACCGCCAAUGGGUCGGCCCUCACCGUCUUUACCGAGGAGGCGACGGCGAGCGAGACCGAGCCGUCGGACGCCCACAGCGAGGACUACCCGGAGCUCAACACGACCUCGUCCGACUCGGAGCACGAGCUCGUAGCGCGCGCCCGCAAGAACAACCUCCUCAACCCGACUCGACUCGCCGCCUCGCUCGGCGCCCUGCGCGAGAAGGCCAAGGACGGCAACCAGUCGCUCGUCCUCUCGCGCUCGUCCACGAUCGAGUCGCAGGCCAUCGACGACGACGAGUCGGCGACGAGGCCCUCGCGGCCGACCUCUCGUCACGCCUCGCGCCGCAACUCGUCGAGCUCGAGCAGCGGGUCCGACCUCGACGACGGCGACGGCGGCGGCGCCAACGACAGCACGCGCCGCUCGCGCUCGGCGAGGAUCGCCUCGAUGCACGCGUCACUCGUCGCGACCCGCUCGAGGCGACCCAGCUCGGGCGCAGGCGCGCGUCCGAGCGUCGAGCGUCGUCCGCUCCGCUCGCGCGAGAGCACGCUCGGCCGGUCCGGCAGUCGGCAUCCCUCGGCAGAGGGUGUCGACCCUGCACGUCGAGCGUCGCUUCCGCUCGCAAGCCGGGUCGGCCGCAUUGGCUCGCUCGACGGCUCGGCGGGCUCGGUGCCAGUGCGGCGAGCGUCGCGAGGCGGGCCUGCGGUCGGUCCGGCGACGGCGAGGGAGCUGCAGCGCGAGGCGGGAGCGCGACAUGCUGCAGAUGCACGCGACAUCGUCAAGAAGCAGCUCCAGGCGACCUUGCUCGAGUACGCCGACCGAGGAGACGCGCAGCUGUGCGCCACCGUCUGCUGUGUCCUGCGCGACAAGGACCUCGAGGUCGAGCCGCUGUGGACCGCGCGAGUAAUCAAGACCUACAUCGAUCUGCUACGUCGCCUGCGGCUACACGUUCCGGCUGCACAGGUGAACAAGUACUGCGGCGUCGAGUCGCUGCAGGCCCUCACCCAGAACACGGUCGUCAUCCACGUCGCGUGCGGCUCUUGCGGCAAGGCGGUGGACCAGCCGCCGUUUGGCCACUGCUCGCGCUGCUCGUCCCAGGUCACCAAGUGCUGCGUCUGUCACCUCGCUGUACGGUCGCUGUACGUCUUGUGCGCGGCGUGCGGCCAUGGCGCCCACGCGUCGUGCCUCGAGUCGCUCGCCCAGUCGAUCUCGAACGGCCUCACCUCGUCGGGCCCGCACACGCCGCACGACGCGUCCUACCCGUCGACGCCUGGGAUCGCGACGCCACUGCGCUCGUGGCUGUGGGGCGAGGAGCCGGACGACGGGACGUCGCCGCUGGCCGGCGACGAGCCGGCAGCGUUCGCGAGGCACCUGCGCGACUUGGUGUCGAGCUGUCCGGCGGCGUGCGGGUGUCGGUCGUGCAGCCUCAUGGCCGGCAUCUUCUGACUCGUGCUCGUCAUCGUUGUGGCACCCUCCUUUGCCAGUAGAGCUUUUCGCAACGCAGCCGAUUUCUCCCU